CCGAGGAAGCGAGCGCCCGAGACCAUGAAGGGCGCCCAAGGCGUCGAGAACCCGGCGUUCGUGCCCUGCAGCCCGGACCCCCCGCGCCGCGCGGCCGCGUCCGCGUCGCCCUCCGGGGUCGAGGUCUCGGGCUUGCCCGCCGACCCCCGGGGAGAGGAUCCGCACGGGCCCCCGGCGUCGUCGGAGCCCUCGCCCCCGCCCGCCGCGCCUCCCCCGGACGCCCCGGGCCCCCCGCCGCCGGCGGGCGCCGAGGGCGAGGAGGGUCCGUGCGGCUGGCGGGACUGCCACCCGCGCUGCGCGCAGCGCUGCAACACGCCCCGCGGCUUCCUGCUGCACUACUGCCUCCUGGCCCUCACGCAAGGUAUUGUAGUGAAUGGCCUGGUGAAUAUUAGCAUUUCCACAAUUGAGAAGCGUUAUGAAAUGAAGAGUUCCCUGACCGGCUUGAUCUCAUCCAGCUAUGAUAUCGCCUUCUGCGUGUUGUCGCUCUUUGUGUCAUUCUUCGGUGAAAGGGGACACAAGCCCCGGUGGCUUGCGUUUGCUUCAUUCAUGAUAGGACUGGGAGCACUUGUAUUUUCUUUGCCACAGUUUUUCAGUGGCAAAUAUAAGUUGGGGUCCAUUUUUGAAGAUACUUGCUUAACAACAAGGAAUAGCACCGGCUGUACGUCUUCGAGCUCAUCACUUUCUAACUACUUGUAUGUCUUCAUCUUGGGACAACUGUUACUGGGGACGGGAGGAACCCCUCUCUACACUCUGGGGACAGCCUUCAUUGACGACUCUGUGCCCACACACAAAUCUUCUCUCUAUAUAGGAAUCGGCUAUUCUAUGUCAAUCUUAGGUCCCGCAAUUGGCUAUGUGUUGGGCGGACAGCUGUUAACCAUGUACAUUGACAUUGCUCUGGGAGAAAGUGCUGGUGUUACAGAAGAUGACCCAAGGUGGCUAGGGGCUUGGUGGAUUGGAUUUCUUAUAGCUUGGCUCUUCGCUUGGUCGUUGAUAAUACCUUUCUCUUGCUUUCCAAAACAUUUACCAGGUACAGCAAAGAUUCAAGCUGGAAAAACUUCCCAGGCUCAUCAGAAUAAAAGUACUGUUUUACAUCACACAGAUGAGAAUUUUGGGAAAAGUAUUAAAGAUUUCCCAGCUGCUCUUAAGAAUCUGAUGAGGAAUACUGUCUUUAUGUGUUUAGUUCUAUCAACCUCUUCUGAAGCUUUAGUCACUACUGGAUUUGCUACAUUUUUACCUAAAUUUAUAGAAAAUCAAUUUGGAUUGACAUCCAGCUUUGCAGCUACCCUUGGAGGGGCUGUUCUAAUUCCUGGUGCUGCCCUUGGUCAGAUUUUAGGUGGUGUCCUUGUUUCAAAAUUCAAGAUGGCAUGUAAAAAUACCAUGAAGUUUGCAUUGCUGACAUCUACGGUGGCUCUCGCCUUGACUUUUGUAUUUAUUUAUGCCAAAUGUGAAAACGGACCAUUUGCUGGUGUGUCUGAGUCUUACAAUGGGACAGGAGAACUGGGGAACUUGACAGCACCUUGCAAUGCCAAUUGUAACUGUUUAAGAUCCUAUUAUUAUCCUCUCUGUGGAGGAGAUGGAGUGCAAUAUUUUUCUCCCUGCUUUGCAGGGUGUUUAAACUCUGGUUUGAAUAGGAAAGCAAAGAUAUACCACAAUUGUUCCUGCAUUGGAAGGCAAUUAGAAAUUGCAUCUAUUGAAGAAAGUUUUAUCUUUGAAGCUAAAGCUGGAAAAUGUGCAACUCAGUGUACAAACUUGCCCAUAUUUCUUGGCAUUUUCUUCAUUACAGUGAUUUUUACCUUCAUGGCUGGAACUCCUAUAACUGUGUCCAUAUUAAGGUGUGUUAAUCACAGGCAAAGGUCUCUAGCACUUGGAAUACAGUUCAUGUUACUUCGAUUAUUGGGCACAAUACCCGGACCAAUUAUAUUCGGUGUGACAAUAGAUAGCACAUGUAUUCUCUGGGAUGUAAAUGAAUGUGGUACUAGAGGAGCUUGCUGGGUGUAUGAUAACAUCAGGAUGGCCCAUAUGCUAGUAGCCAUAAGUGUUACUUGUAAAAUUGUCACCAUUUUCUUCAAUGGCCUGGCAAUCUUUUUGUAUAAACCACCACCAUCAGGCACAGAUGUAUCUUUUCAAAGUCAGAAUGCAGUUGUGACCACUGUUUCAGUAGACCAGGAUAUGGACAAGGCCGAAAAUGAAGGGGACAAGCCAGAAGACAAUCUGCAGAAUUGACAUCUGCUUCACAGAGUGCCAUGAGAACAUAAUCUGCCCAAUAUGGACAAUGAUGUUUUAAAAACUGAUUGUUACCGAC